CUUCUUGCUCGAAUUGAGCGUAUGGAAAGGAGGAUGCAGUUGGUGAAGAAGGACAAUGAGCGUGACAAACACAAAAUAUUUCAAGAGUAUGAAACAGAAGAAAAAGUUGACCCUGAUACACCAGAGAAGCUGCCUAUAGAAUGCCCACCACAAGAACUCCUGGAGACUUCCCAGCCGCUGCCUUUGAAACAUUUCCCAUGUGGAAGAAAUGGGAAGGGUCACAAACGAAAAUCUGCGUUUGGAAGUGCCGAGAGGAAAACGCCAAUGAAGAAGCUGGUAGCUGAAUUCUCAAGAGUCAAAUGUAAAACGCCAAAGGCUUCUCCAUUAAAGGAGGAACCCAGUAGUUCUUUAACUGAGUCAAUAAGCAGACGUGAACUGCGAAGUCAGGAGACUCCAGAGAAAACAAGAUUAUUGGUGGAUACGCAGUUGAAGUCUUCGACUCCAUUGAAAGGACCUGGGUGCCAUUCAAAGGACAAAGGCCCCUGCAGUGAAAUAGAAGAUUUGCCGUAUCUUUCCACCACUGAAAUGUAUUUGUGCCGUUGGCAUCAACCACCUCCUUCUCCGUUGCGAGAACCUUCUCCCAAGAAGGAGGAGACUGUAGCAAGUAAGAGACUUGCUUAUCCCUUUGUAGUUAUUGGCCUGAUGUUGGUUCCAUCAUGGAGGGACCACACAGUAGAGCCCCUGAGAGAUCUGAAUCCUUCUGAACUUCUGGAGAACUUAGAAGACAAUGUCUUCUCCAAACGACAUGCAAAGUUGGAAUUGGAUGAGAAAAGGAGAAAAAGGUGGGAUAUUCAGCGUAUCCGGGAGCAAAGAAUUUUGCAGAGAUUGCAACUUAGAAUGUAUAAAAAGAAAGGAAUUCAGGAAUCUGAGCCUGAAGUUACCUCAUUUUUCCCAGAGUCAGACGAUGUUGAAAGUUUGCUGAUCACCCCAUAUUUGCCUGUUGUAGCGUUCGGCCGACCAUUACCAAAAUUAACCCCACAGAAUUUUGAACUGCCGUGGUUGGAUGAACGAAGUCGUUGCCGGCUAGAGAUGCAAAAGAAACAGACUCCUCAUCGGACAUGCAGGAAAUAAACGAAUCAGACUAGGAGAAAUCUGUCUUGAUGGUCGGCUUGUGUCAUUUUCUGCAAAUGGCAGAGAACAGUACAUAUUUUGUUAUGUCUUUUUCUUCUACCAUCCUCCAUGAUGUAUAUUCUUGUUCAUUAUAAAUAU